UUUCAGACUGGGCCCAGGCAGGGACUGUGGGCAGGAAGGGGCAGUGCUCAGUCCGGAGGUCAGUCCCUGACAGUGGCCAUGGCCUUCAGCAGGCCCGAGCCCUGGGCCCCCGCAUCCCUGAUGAGCCAGAGGCUGAAGGUGGAGGAGCAGACACUGGAGCUGGAGUUCGAGGUCUUGCGUGUGGGGUUUAACGAGGGGGGCAGAUAUGCCCUGCGGCUGUCAGCUGAGAACCCCCUGCAGGCAGGCUCUGCGGCUGGGGUGCAGCUGCGGGUGAAUGACGGGGACCCCCUCCCUGCCUGCUCUGUUGUCACUGGUGUCAUCCAGCAGCGGGAUCCUGGCCGGAGCCUCGCCCUCACCAGGAACAAGUUUAUCUUUACUUUGCCCAAAGCCAGGGUUUUGCAAGAACGACGGGCAGCAUGACGCUCAGCUGCGGGUGAAGGCGCUGAGGCUGGACGGAGCCUCGGCACGGACGGUCCAGCGGGUGGGCGAGGCCAUCUUCCCCAUCUUCCCACGGCCAGACCAACCCCGCACGAACCUCGAGGCGCCAGAGCACGAGGACCUGUACCGCUACUGCGGCAACCUGGCUCUGCUCCGGGCCAGCACGGACCCCAC